GCAGCCACCCCACGACGCGGCGUGAGCAGUUCGAUGUUCAUUCCCCAUCGUCCUCUGUUCCCUCCUCUUCCCAGGCCUACUAAUUGUGCGCGCAGCGCUCCAUCUCGCCGUCUCCACAACCACAACCACCGUCGCGGUGCAUACCAGCUCAAUGGAGUGGGAACCCGAUGAGCAGCAUCUCGGUGACCUCGGGGUCACCGGCAUCCGCCGCGAGACCCUCCGAGUUCUUCGGGCCAUCCUCCCCAGCUUCCUUUGCCACGUAUCCAACAUAUUCAUCUUCCUUGCCCACGUCGCCGGAUGCGUCACGGUCUUCUCCAGCCUCGUCUCCGGCGACCUUUCGAGACUUCUCCAUCUCUUCUUCUCCCCGGCCUUCUUCUACUUCCUCUGCGAUUUCGCCGUCAUGGAAGGGUACAACAUGGCGUUCGUGCUCUCAGUCACCUCCUUCUACCGCAACAAGGGCGCCGGCCGGGCGGGCCCCAUGGCCAUCCCACGCCUCCGUAGCCGCAGAAUCAAUCGCGACCAGCGCCUCCGGCACUGCGCCACCUUCUUACUGGCAGUCCCCGCGUUCGGAGGUUACACCGCCGUCCUCGGGUCCGCCUGGCGGAUGCUCCGCCUGCUCGAUUCUCCUGGUGAGAUCGUCCUGCCGCUGCGACUGCUGGGCGGGGCCGCGUGCAUCGCCGGGGCGGUGUACCUCGCCGUGGUGCUCCGCGUGGCCUGCGUGGUGUCGCUGCUCGAGAACGCCCACGGGUUCGGCGCCUUGUGCAGGAGCCGCGAGCUCCUCGCCGGAAAGUUCUGGGCGGCGGCCACCGUCUUCUCUGUGCUUGAUGGCUGCUUCGUAGCCGUGCUGAUGGCCUUCCCGCAGGUGACGCUGGAGGACGCCAUGGGCGGCAUGGGGCUCGACCAGUUUGCUGCGGUUGCGAUGGCAGCAAUAUUGUGCGUGGUCAUGACGGGGACGCUGGUGGCGCAGCCCGUGGUCUACCUCGUGUGCAAAAACCACCGCCAGAACCCAAGAACACUACUGGAGGUUUGA